AUGGCGCUUCUUACCGAGAAGUCGCUCGUCAAUUACGAGGAGCAAGAAGCCGCCUUCGUAGAUUUCCUCCAGAACUUCAAAUCUUCGUCCACGGAAGCCGCAGAUCAGCUUGGAAAUCUGAAUCUCAACGGCGAUGGCGACAAUGACGAGUACGACAUGCUUAACGAGUCGGACGACCCCGCGCCAAAUGGGAACCGGAGACGCAACCGGACCAAGGCAAAAUACGUGGAGAUGCUGCAGGACAUUGCAGACAGGACGAAAACCAAUAUCUUGAUCGACCUCAACGACCUAGAGACUUGGGAAAAAGCUGCAGAUCCCGAAGGCCAAUUCAAGCUCACCGAAUCUAUAGAGCGCAAUUGCCAUCAUUACAUCGAAAUCUUUUCCAGAGCAGUGGACAGAUUGUUGCCUCAACCAUCGCAAGAGCCAAACUUCAAAGAUGAUGUUUUAGACAUCAUCAUGACCCAACGGUCAAAGCGAAACGAGAAGAUGCAAGAGCAGCAAGGAGGCCAAGACGGGGCUCAGGCACCACCUGAGCUGAUAUUUCCUCCAGCUCUAACGCGCCGCUACACCCUGAACUUCAAGCCCAUAAUACCGUCUGGUGCUAGCAGUCAGCGGAGCAUGAAGGCCUUGGCCGUGAGGAACGUCCGUGGAGAACACCUAGGCCAUCUCAUUACUGUUCGUGGUAUCACUACGAGGGUUUCAGAUGUCAAACCUGCUAUUCAGGUCAAUGCAUACUCCUGCGAUCGUUGCGGAUGCGAAAUAUUCCAGCCCGUGACGAGCAAACAGUUCACUCCAUUGGUAGAGUGUCCUUCAGAAGAAUGCAAGAAGAACAACACCAAGGGUCAACUCUUUUUGUCCACCCGCGCGUCGAAAUUCUUGCCCUUCCAGGAGGUCAAGAUUCAAGAGAUGGCGGACCAAGUACCUGUCGGCCACAUCCCUCGGCAGCUAACGAUUCACUGCCACGGCGAUUUGGUCAGGCAGAUCAACCCUGGCGACGUGAUCGACUGCGCUGGUAUCUUCCUACCUACCCCAUACACAGGCUUCAAGGCUAUCCGCGCGGGGUUACUUACUGACACGUACCUGGAAGCUCAAUACGUGAUGCAGCACAAGAAAGCGUACGACGAUAUUGUCCUGGCGCAGCCGACCCUGAAGAGGAUGAACGAGCUAGAGCGGACUGGUCAGCUUUAUGAGUACCUGUCUCGUUCGAUAGCACCUGAAAUUUUCGGCCAUGUCGACGUGAAGAAAGCACUGCUUCUGCAACUGAUCGGUGGCGUAACUAAAGAAGUCGGUGACGGCAUGCGCAUCCGUGGUGACAUCAAUGUCUGCUUGAUGGGUGAUCCUGGUGUGGCCAAAUCUCAGCUUCUAAAGUACAUUACUAAGGUUGCUCCUCGGGGUGUAUACACCACUGGUCGGGGAAGCAGUGGAGUCGGUCUCACCGCUGCUGUCAUGCGGGACCCAGUCACAGACGAGAUGGUGCUGGAAGGGGGUGCUCUUGUACUGGCCGAUAACGGCAUGUGCUGCAUCGAUGAGUUUGACAAGAUGGAUGAUGGUGAUCGGACCGCCAUCCACGAAGUCAUGGAGCAGCAGACCAUUUCUAUCAGCAAAGCCGGUAUCACGACCACUCUCAAUGCGCGCACAUCAAUCUUAGCUGCGGCUAACCCUCUGUACGGCCGCUACAACCCUCGCAUUUCGCCGGUCGAAAACAUCAACCUUCCGGCUGCGCUUCUGUCGCGUUUCGACGUUCUUUUUCUCAUUCUUGAUACCCCUUCGCGAGAUUCGGACGAAGAGCUUGCUCGCCACGUUACUCAUGUUCACAUGCACAACGCCCACCCUGAAGCCCCCGGCGGCGUAGUCUUCAGCCCCGCAGAAGUGCGCCAAUGGGUCGCUCGUGCGCGGUCAUACCGUCCUACGAUUCCAAAGGAGGUAUCAGACUAUCUUGUAGGAGCCUUUGUGCGUAUGCGACAGCAACAAAAGCGCGACGAGGGUACUAAGAAAGCCUUCACGCACACUUCGGCCCGUACACUACUGGGAGUUCUUCGGCUUUCGCAAGCUCUGGCCCGUCUGCGUUUCGCUGAGGAGGUCAUCACUGAGGAUGUAGACGAAGCCCUCAGGCUGAUAGAAGUCAGCAAGGCUAGUUUGUAUACCGACGAAGGCCGCAGGGAUGACCACACACCGAGUAGCAAGAUUUAUCAUCUCAUCAAAUCGAUGGAAGCGAGCGGUGCAGCAGCUGUUGGUGAUGGAGACCGGGGCGAGCUCGACCUGCGCAGAGUCAGGGAGAGAGUGCUUGCCAAGGGCUUCACAGCAGACCAGUUCGAGCAGGCGAUUGAUGAGUACUCGAUGCUGGACGUUUGGCAAACAACUGGAGAAGGCACACGACUUGUCUUCAUCGAAGCGGGUAAUGAAGACAUGGACGACGACAACGACUUUUAG